AUUGGAGGUCUACGUUUUUGGUGUUGGUUAGUUUGGUGACACUCGCCUAUAGUGAAGAAGAAAUCGACGACGUGAAAUGCCUGCACUGUAGCGACGCCACGACUCCUUAUCAAUGCGACCACGCCAUGUGGUGCGGCCACGGCGAGGUUUGUUUCACCCGAGAAUUCACCAAUCAUCACGGUGUACAAAGUUUCAGCAUGGGGUGUGAGAGUAAGGCUCGAUGUAAUUUGUUCACGAAUGCCGGAAGUCUGUUCGGCAAGAGACAGGUCGACGAUCAGCCAUUUUGUUUCGCUUGCUGCGAAACCACGGAGUGUAACAGCGGACUCUGCCGAAACGCCAUCACAGGAAGCGGAAAUACUCCGAACAAAACAGGCUGUCCCCAUCUGUUCGUGCACGGACCGGCCGCAUGCUACUUCGUGGCCAACUGGACGGAGAACUGGAGGCAAGCGCGGAGGAUCUGCAGGAAUAUGGGCGGGGACUUGGUGUCAAUCGACGACCAGACGGAGCAGGACUACCUCGUGCACGAGCUCAGACCGUACGAAGCCAUGCACACACCUAACGGGAUGUGGACGGGCGGAUAUUACGUGCCCGCCACUCAGCACUGGACGUGGAUGGACCUAUCAGCGGCGACCUACUCCCACUGGGGCCCCUCCCAGCCUCGCUACCAGAGCACCUCCUACUACAUCGCGCUAGCCAAUCCAGGCUACUCGUCGUACACGUCGUUCAAAAAUUGGGCGUGGCUAACUCAGAGUGAAAGUUCGGGGAUGGGCUUCAUUUGCGAGAGUCCGUUCGUUUAAGCAUGUUGAAAGUUGCUCGAUAAAUGAAUGAAUGAAUGAAAUGUCGAGAAGUUUUUGUUUCUGUAAAGGUGAAUAAAUAACAUUUAUUAUCUCGAACAGUGA